AAGAGCUGAAGUGUGCUGGAGUCACAUGCCCUCCUCUGCCGGUGCCCUCCUGCCCCCCUGACUCUGUGCUCUCCAUGAGCUACCUGCCCCCUGCUGGCUGCUGCCCCUCCCUGCCCCCCCGCUGCACCUGCGACCCCCAGGCCUGCGUCCAGCCCUCCUGCCCGGCCGGGCAGAGAGCUGUGAUGCUCACCCAGGCCAGUGGGCUGCCGGGUAACUGCUGCAGUGUGUUCCAGUGCCAGAGAGUCUCUCCCCAGUGCGUCCACAACAGCCAGCAGUUCUCCGAGGGGGAGGUGUACCGCAUGCAGCCCUGCUGGCUGUGCCAGUGUCGUGGGGGGAUCUCCUUCUGCUCCAAGGCCGAGUGUGCGGAGCUGGACUGUGACAACUUUUACAUCCCAGAGGGAGAGUGCUGCCCAGUCUGCAUAGAUGUGGAGCUGCUGGCGCUGGACAGCGCGGAGGCCAGCUGCUGGGUGAACAACAUGCUGCGGGGCCACGAGGAGCGCUGGAAGGAGGAUGACUGCACCUUCUGCCAGUGUGUGGAUGGAGAGCCUCGCUGUACCGCCAUGGCCUGCAAGCAGAGCUGCCACAACCCCGUCAAGAUCCCUGGAGAGUGCUGCCCCUUCUGUGAAGAGCCGUCGUAUGAGACGCUGAGCCCGGCAGUCUGCCCCCCACUGGAGCAGUGCUCCCUGUCUGCACCAGACUGCCCCCUCGGCUUUCAGCAGGACCACCACGGCUGCCUGCUCUGCCACUGCAUCACCAAUGACUCCUGCCCCGACCUGGGUAGGUACUGCUCCCUGCAAUGCCCCAUGGGAUACGAGAAGGACGAGCUGGGGUGCGAGGUGUGCGAGUGCAGAGCGCCCACGUGUCGACCUUUGACCUGUGCCAAGACCUGUCCCUAUGGAUACGUGAGGAACAAGCACGGUUGUGAGAUGUGCCGCUGUGUGCGCUGCCCCCCCUUCUCCUGUGAGCUGCUCUGUAACCACGGCUACCUGCUCAGCAGGAGGGGCUGCUCUAUCUGCAUGUGUAAAGAGAGCAGGCCCAGGCCCAGCAGCACCCCCGUCCCCAAGCCCAGCACAGCCCCUGCCCCCGUCCCCACUCCCGGCCUCUGCCGGACCUCCAGCGGCCAGCGCUACGAGGAGGGGGAGAGCUGGCACGAUGGCUGCAGGGACUGCUACUGCCAUGCUGGCCGGGAGAUGUGUGUCCUCAUCUCCUGCCCCGUGCCCAGCUGCCCUCAGCCGCUGGUGAGGCCAGAGCAGUGCUGCCCCACCUGUGAAGAUGAGUGGUCCGGUAGUGGGGGGAUGGACCUGGUGGUGUGUCGGGCCCCGGGCGGGGAGCUGUAUGUGGAGGGAGAGACCUGGAGCCUGGACGACUGCACUCGCUGCACCUGCAGGAAGGGCCGGGUCCUGUGCGACACCGAAGUGUGUCCUCCUGCCCUCUGCCCGGCGCCCUCCAGGAACAAGGACUCCUGCUGCCAUGUCUGCCCAGACGAGCAUCAGGACCCUGUCCUCCCGGGGGGCCAGCAGGAGGACUGCGUCUCCAGCGAGGGGGACGUCCUGAGGGCAGGGGACUCCUGGAAGGCCAACGCAUGCACCAGCUGCACCUGCAGCAACGGCACCGUUCAGUGUUUCUCCCAGCGCUGCCCUCCUGCCAGCUGCCGAGUGCCCGUCCUACGCAAGGGCCAGUGCUGCCCUCACUGUCUGGAAACAACAACAACGUCAGUGCCUAUGAUGGUGUCCACCAGGGCAGCCCGGACACACCCCACCACCACCCUGCAGAGCGCUCACUGGAUCACCACUGCCACCGUCACCCCCAUCCCUGCUGAUACAGAUGAGACCAACCUGGGCGACAGCUACCCCAACCAGAGGGAGAUGGCCCUUAUCUACCAAUCUGCAGCCUGGAUACUGGCAGGACUCCUCCUGGCCAUUGUGGUCCUGCUGGUGGUGGCUCUGCUCAUCAACAACAAGAAGAAGUGGGUGCAGAUGUCCUGCUACAGUGCGCCCAAGAAGACGGUGAUCCUGAAGAAGCACGUGAACAAGAACUCCGUGGUGUACAUGGAGCCUUCCAAGGAGAACAAGUUCCAGAGCGUGAAGAACGACAUCAUCAACUUCUCCCCGGAGAUGAGCUCUCCUGGGGGGGGCAGGAUGAGCAUCCCCCGGGCCAAGCUGAGCACGGGCCAGGGACGCCGCUAACCCCCUCAGCACCCAGACUCCACCCAGCGCCAGGACCGCCCCUCUCCUCUCAGACUGUUACCAUGGGGAUCUGCUGAAGACACGGUGGACUGUUGUGGCUGCACACCUUGGGGUCCCCCCCCUUCUCUCUCUCGUUCUCUCUCUCUCUCUCUCUCUCUCUGGCUGUGACAAGGAGGACCCUCUUUCAGAGACAAGAGAGCUUUGUGCUCUGUGCUGUGUGUGUGUCUCACCAUGGCCUGGCGUGGAGAAGCAGGAUCUCCAGGGUGAUAGCCAGGCAGGUGUUGCCCGUGAUCGGACCACCUUCCUCCAUCGCCUCUCUGGGGCCAGGAGCUCUGAGCUGGAGGAACAUCAAAGCUUUAGCGGCUGGUUUCUAGAACAGGACAGGAGAGUCUGCUGGAAUUCUGUGUGCCCGGGCGCUCAGUGGAUCUACUGAUUGUCUGAACAGAAAGCUGAUUUACUGACACCAAACUGACCCGGGGUCAGCAGCUAGUUACUCUGGCCUCUUUCAGACUGCCAGCAGACUCCAGCAUCCUGUUCAUCCAAACCCCCGCUUGUAGAACGUGUGGUUUCCAUCUUAGCUUCUUUGUGUUUAUCUCUACAGUAUGUCUGCUAGUCCUAGUGUUGUCAUCGGUCACCUCUCUGUUGUUAUGGAGAUCUCCAUGGAGAAACAGAAACAUGAUCAGUCAGACUAAACAUUCCCAAUCUGCAGGAGGAAGAACUCUCUCAGCCAAUCACUGAAGAGCCUCCGUCUCAAAGACAGUCUCCAUUCAGUCAUUCCAUUCAUACUAUUCUGCCUCCAUCGCAGAUUGUGUCUGUAAUUCAGUAUUGCCCUCAGACUUGCCUGUUACCCGGUCAGUGUGCUGCAUGUUCUGCAGUCCAUCCUUCAUCCUCUACACAGAAUCUAUUUCAUCGACAGGCGCGGCAAAGAACCUGAAGAUGAAGUGGGUCAGUAUCCAUCCAUACUGAGGCUGCUCUGUGAGCUCUAAGUGAGUCUAAGUGUCACUGGGAGAUGUAACGCUGCCAGGCUUCUCUGCAUCUACAGCAUAGAAGAGACUCGUCUUUUACCUUCAUUUACAAACCUGCGAGUGGAUGCCAUUUCCACAGAAUGUCAAUAUAAACAGCAAGAGCCUUACUUUCAUAGCUUUAAUGUCUUUUUCUCAUAUUAAAUGUUUCAUAUAACAAUAUGUAUUGCUAGCCAGUUAAAGUUCACUCGUGUGAUUCAAUGUGAAGAUAAACAGAGAUUUGGAGAAAGAUAAUCUACAGGUCGCCAUUGUUCCAGAACAGCAGCUCCUUCAGUACGUACCAGUCAAACCUAUUUUUAUCUGUAAAUAAUGAACCAUUACAACACCAGAACAUGUUCAAGAAAUGUAGCACUUAGGAUCAAGUGUUUGUUUUUUAAAGCUCACUGCAAGAUUCUUGACAGGAUAUAGGCCUAAUCCAGGAUUUGAUAUGCAUAUUCAGCACAUUGGAGAUGUUAAAUCACUCAAAUGAACAUGGUGUUGCAUCAGUCUGCUGAUUAACAAUCUGAUCUACCUAGAGACAAACGCAACCUGUUAAGCAUUAUAAAAGACUGGGAUUUAACAGGAAAUCUCUGGAGCAUAACGUUUUUCGUCACCCUGCCAGUCUCUCAAUACAAAGACCCUUGUGAUGCCAAACCUGAGAUGAGAUGAAUAUAUUUAUGCUGAGGAGUUCCAAAGUCAUUCAGUAGAUUUGGUUCUGUUUGUAUCACAACCAUGUGCUUUCAAGGAAGUGAAGAGGCAACUUGUAAAAGCUUACGCAAUUAUUUGUUCUUUUUAUGUGUAAAAAAGGUAGAUUAAAAAUAGUGGACCGAAGAGUAGUUUAUUUAUUUUUUCACGUAGCUUUAUUUAUUAAUACUAAACUAUAGUUUGAGUUGAGAUGUUUUUUUUGGCAAAUGAAACCUGGUAGCCAAAGCUGCUGUACAUUUGAGAUAUUUUAAAACCAUUUACCAUUUCUAUCUGCUUUAUUAUACAAGCUUAUUUAUUUUACUGUUGCAAACUGUAAAUAUAUGUUUCUUAGAUGUUUAACUGUAACAUUUACACUUAUUUUGAAAAAUAAAAUGCAUUGAAAAAGGUGA